UGAGGGCAAAAGGGGGUGCAACUCAAUAUUAGGAAGCUGAUCCUAAUUUUUGGUACACUCAGUGUAUAUACCAUGUGAAUACACACUUUCUUAGCACCAUGUAAUGUAAUAUGGGUAUCCUGGCUGACGCGACUUACGUGGUACACAGUGAGGGAGAGCUGUGACACACUGGUCUAGAAAGGAGCCCGUUGUUAGUGCAGUAUUCGCACAGAAGUUGGCUUGAGCUUUGAUUGGUUCUCUCAAAGUUAUUUUUUCCAUGGGACCCCUUGUUGUUUGGAUUUGAAAAUCCAACAAUUGUAUUGGAAGGGGGCAGUGCUCGGGGACUGUAUGUGGCUGUCCAUGUUGGUGUUGAAGUGAGAAAGAGACGGAGGAGAACCAAUCAGUAAAAAAAGCACAGACCCCUUCAUUAUCGAGCUUACAACAUCGUCAAGCCUUUCCAGACUCUGAAGUCAGGAAGACUUUGAGUUAGGUGUCAGCCAGGCUAUAAUAUGGACCACAUUAUUAGGAACCUCUCAUUGAGAUAUAUUGGGGAUUUGGGGUGUCAAACUCAAAUUCCUGGAGGGCCGUGUGUCUGCAGGUUUCACUCCACAAGCCAGAAAUGGUCGAACCCAGAGAAUUCACUGCAAUUUUGCACCACACAGUGGUCCCACAGGCAUAUUCAUCAGACGUUCUCACUUGCAAGAAUAUGAUCUUAAGGCAACAGCCGCUGGAUAUCAAAUGUGAGCCUAGAUUUGUUAAACAAAGGUCCCUGUAUCUUAGCUUCCUUUGGUUGAUUCUCUCCCUCUCUGUUGAUUGAAGAACAUAAUUGCGGAAAGCAAAAAUUACAUUCUGUGUUUCACAUGUUUGGGCCUACCCCCAAAGCGCAUGGCUAGUGGACACUCAGAAAAAAGCACAUUGAGAAUGUGAUUACAAUUCUAAAGCCAUUUAAGCCUACCUGUACCAACUUCCAAAAAAAUCCUUACCUCAGGACACUUCACCAGGUGACUAUCCCAUGAAAAAUAAAGAGAAAGGUGCUCUCUGUGUCUGCAUUGAUCAUUACUUUAUUCACGGGACAAUCAAGCAGGCUUGUGUUUCGGUGUAGGAGGCCUUCACCAGAGCCUUGAGUAGGAACCUGUCAUGAGGCACCUAUAGCUUCAGAGGAGCAUGUACCAAUAGCGACUGUUGGUGUUGGUUUCACAGACCAGGCCACAGGGCAGCAGCAGAGGGGGUUCAAACUUCAAACCUCAAACCACACCCCAUCCGGUGUCAAGGUAGAGGGUGGACAUCCUACCCAUAAAGCCCUCUGAGAGGAGUUGUAAAAGUCAGCAGUACUGGGUUUCCUAAAGGUUGGUAGGAUGUUAGAUCAAGGUGGUUAUGGAGGCUCGUUUGAGAAAUGUAUCCCUCCCUCUGCGGUUGUGUUUUUGGACCCUUCUGCUUUGAGGCGGUGCCAAUGUGGUGUGGUCGUCCUGACGCCUGACCGUACGGUCCUGCCACCAUAUCAGAUGGGGUAUGAUCCAUUACUAACAGGUGUGUGUGUGUUUGUGUGCGUGUAUCUGUGUGUGUGUGCGCGUGUCUGUGUGUGUGUUUGUGCGCAUGCACGUCUGUUUGUGGCAGCCAUAUAUAACAUCAUAUCACACAUCACAAAGACACAAGGUGAAAGGAAAGAAAGUCCUGUGUUGUAGUAUGUUAUUCUAGCACUUGAUGACCAUAUCCCUCAGGUUCUCACCUUGUGUCCGUGCCAACCCACCCUUCCUCAUAAUCCCCAGUGUGUCCCUUAGUCUCCUCUCAUUGGUCAAGCUAUGGAGGCAAGAGGCUAGCAGACACAAUAAAAGGGAAGAAGUUUGUUGUUGAAACCACCAAAUGCAGGGAAUGGAGUGACCAGCAAACCAUUUAAUUUAAAGAUCAUCGCACACCAAAAGCCACUGACAUGCCCUCUCUUCAUUUGCUCGCCAUGCUAACGACCCUGCUGGUGGUGGUCUUGAUGGCGACACAGUCGUCUGCAGCCAGAACCACCCGCAGACCCAAGCCUCAGAACACCAAGAAGCCCCCUCGCGGAGGUGGCACCGGAGGAGGUGGUGGAGGGGGAGGAGGUGGUGACCAGCCGGCCCGUCUGGGCUUCAGGCAGACCACCACCACCAUGGCCCCCUCCAGUAGCCUGGGCACCGACGAGACCACAGAGGAUACCAUGACGGACGCCUACUCCCUGUCGCCCACUGACAGCACCACCUACGCGGUCGACACCUACCCCACAGAGUUCCACACAGACUCCAUGGCGCCCCCCGGGGCCGGCCUGGGGAACUACACCCUGGACUACAGCCAGUGCUACUUAAACGUCUGCGAAUGCUGCCCGCCUGAGAAGGGCCCCAUGGGGCCCCCGGGGGAGAGGGGACCCCCAGGGCCGAGAGCGGAGAGGGGACUUCCAGGUGUACCUGGAGAGAAGGGGGAUGUGGGACUUAUGGGACCUCCUGGACUGGAUGGUAUGCCUGGAGCUACUGGACUUGAAGGAGAUAAAGGUGACCAAGGAGAUCAAGGAGACAUGGGGAUGCCUGGUGAUCCAGGGAUACUUGGGAAACAGGGACAGAAAGGUGACUUGGGCCCCAAAGGAGAAAAAGGAGGAACAGGCCUCCCUGGCUUGAAAGGAGACCCGGGAGAAAGGGGAAAGCCUGGGCGGAAUGGGACCCAGGGCGAGAAAGGUGACAUGGGUAGAAUAGGCCCUGUAGGUCCCUCCGGGCUGACUGGCCCAAUGGGACAGAAUGGCCAAAAGGGAGAGAUGGGGGAGUGUGCAACUGUCGAGAAGGGAGAGAAAGGGGAGGCGGGCUUACCUGGCCCCCCUGGGCCGAGGGGGUGGGUGGGACCCCCAGGAGUAAACGGAACCAAUGGUCUACCAGGGCCUGUAGGUGUGAGGGGUCAGAUAGGCUCCCCGGGAGGGAAAGGGGAGGCAGGGGGGCGGGGGCCUCCAGGUCCCCCAGGCUUGAGGGGCAUGCCUGGGCCGAAGGGAGAGAAAGGCCCCAAGGGCCCACGGGGUGUGCGGGGUCCCAAGGGCCCCCAGGGGGAGACCGCAGAGCAGAUACGCUCUGCCUUCAGCGUGGGCCUCUUUCCCAGCAAGUCCUUCCCCCCUCCAGGCCUGCCCGUCAAGUUUGACAAGGUCCUCUACAACGAGGAGGAACACUGGGACCCGAUGCUCAGCAAGUUCAAUUGCACCCACCCCGGGGUCUAUGUGUUCUCCUACCACAUCACCGUGCGCAACCGGCCCCUGCGCGUCGCACUGGUGAUUAAUGGCGUGAAAAAGCUGCGCACGCGUGACUCCCUGUACGGUCAGGACAUCGACCAGGCGUCCAAUCUGGCUCUGCUGCGUCUGGCAUCAGGGGACCAGGUAUGGCUGGAGACGCUGAGGGACUGGAACGGAGUCUACUCCAGCAGCGAAGACGACAGCACCUUCACCGGCUUCCUGCUCUAUGCCGACCCCAAGGCCUGACCUACGACCUCGCCUGUGAACCCGGCUUGACCUCUGCAUGACCUUUAUCUGACAAUUUACGCUGACUCUCCAUUGCCUCCAAACCCUUUGCACUACUCUGCAAAAUCAUCUCUGUCAAUAUUUCUACUGCUACUGCUACUACCUAUGUUUCUGCUUAUUGCUAUCAAAACAAUCUGACCAAAUGCUUGCUGUAUUUGGCUGUAACACUUUAUGCAACGCUUACGCUUUCUAACAAUGCAAUAAAACACUGCUAAUGCUUGAAAUGAAAAUUGUGUGAGUUUAUGGUUUUGAACCUAUCUAGACUUUACUGAUCUUAGGCCUAGAUUCAAUCAGAUCAAGCAUUAACCAGCGAUAGCCAACACCCGCAUAGCUGAUGUUUUGGCGUUGUCGGACAUGUAAAUACGUUGGAGCUGUCAAAUCGGUGAGCAGCUGCUCUUGAUAAUUGUCACAAAGCCACACCUGUCCCACUCGCAUUAGAAGUUCAGAGUGAG